GGGGUGCGAGCGGAAGUGACGUAGCCCUUGCACGCGUGGUCCUGCGUGGUUCACCCGGGGCGCUUCUGCCGGGCCUGGGGAGUUCGCAGCUCGUUUACCCGACGUAAGCCAGAUCCCGCACCCGUGCCCGCCCCGUCGGCAAGAUGGUGAAGCCCAAGUACAAAGGACGGAGCACCAUCAACCCCUCCAAGGCCAGCACCAACCCGGAUCGUGUGCAAGGAGCAGGAGGUCAGAACAUGAGGGACCGGGCCACUAUCCGGCGCCUGAACAUGUACAGGCAGAAGGAGCGCAGGAACAGUCGUGGUAAAGUGAUUAAACCCCUGCAGUAUCAAUCAACAGUGGCUUCUGGCACAGUGGCAAGAGUAGAGCCAAAUAUUAAAUGGUUUGGAAACACACGGGUGAUUAAGCAGUCAUCAUUACAAAAAUUUCAAGAGGAAAUGGAUACAGUUAUGAAGGAUCCAUACAAAGUUGUCAUGAAGCAAAGCAAAUUGCCAAUGUCUCUCCUUCAGGACCGAAUCCGGCCUCAUAACUCAAAGGUGCACAUUCUUGACACUGAAAGUUUUGAGACGACAUUUGGCCCUAAGGCACAGAGGAAGCGACCAAACUUACUUGCGAGUGACAUGCAGUCUCUCAUAGACAGUGCCGAAGUGUCCACUGAGAACUAUGACCAGGGCAAGGACCACGAUUUGGUAACCGAAGACACUGGUGUGAGAAAUGAAGCCCAAGAAGAGAUAUAUAAGAAGGGACAGUCCAAAAGAAUUUGGGGUGAACUCUACAAGGUGAUCGAUUCAUCAGAUGUUGUAGUUCAAGUUCUCGAUGCUCGAGAUCCGAUGGGUACCCGUUCCCCUCACAUCGAGGCUUACUUGAAAAAGGAGAAACCUUGGAAACACCUCAUUUUCGUACUUAACAAAUGCGACCUUGUUCCCACCUGGGCAACGAAACGAUGGGUUGCUGUCCUCUCCCAGGAUUACCCCACACUUGCUUUCCACGCAAGUCUGACUAACCCCUUUGGCAAAGGAGCAUUUAUCCAGCUUCUGCGGCAGUUCGGAAAGUUGCACACUGACAAGAAGCAGAUCAGCGUCGGGUUUAUUGGCUAUCCGAACGUCGGCAAGAGCUCUGUGAUAAACACGUUGCGUUCCAAGAAAGUGUGCAACGUGGCCCCCAUUGCCGGUGAGACAAAGGUCUGGCAGUACAUCACGCUGAUGCGGCGGAUCUUCCUGAUCGACUGUCCCGGUGUGGUUUACCCCUCUGAGGACUCGGAGACGGACAUCGUGCUGAAGGGAGUUGUUCAAGUGGAAAAAAUUAAGACUCCCGAAGACCACAUCAGCGCUGUGCUUGAACGAGCAAAGCCCGAGUAUAUCAGCAAGACAUACAAGAUCGACUCCUGGGAGAGCGCCGAGGACUUCCUGGAGAAGCUGGCUCACCGGACGGGGAAGUUACUGAAGGGUGGCGAACCCGAUGUGCAGACCGUGGGCAAGAUGGUCCUCAAUGACUGGCAGCGAGGCCGGAUCCCUUUCUUCGUGAAGCCGCCCAAUGUGGAGCUGCCUGUGGCCCCCCAGCUUCCGUCCUCCUCAUCCUCGGAAGUUGCCAUGGAAACAGCACAGACCAGUGUGGAGGAGGGAAUCCCAGAAACUGGAGGUGAAGGGCCAGACUCUGUUGCCGAGAAAGGACAAGAAGAGCCCAGUCACUGCAGCGCAGACUCCGAGAUGCAGCAGAUUCUUGCGCGGGUUCGGCAGAACUUUGGCAAAAUCAACGUCGUGCCCCAGUUUUCUGGGGAUGACCUAGUUCCUGUGGAGGUGUCAGAUAGCGAAGAGGAGCUCGAGGGCUUUUCUGCUGAAGAGGAGGAGGAGCAGGAGCUGCCAGAGGAGAUCGAGGAAGAGUCUGACCAGGAGUUCCAGGAAGAACAUGUGCAAAACGACACCAAAGCUGUGAUUAAAGCCCUAGACGAAAAGAUUGCUAAAUACCAGAAGUUUUUAAACAAGGCCAAAGCCAAAAAGUUCUCGGCAGUCAGAAUAUGCAAGGGCCUAAGUGAAAAGGUCUUUGCACAAUCUGAAGAACAAAGAAAAGCUCCUGAAGAAGACAUAGAGGAUACAGCACCUACCAAGAAGGGAAAGAAGCGGAAAGCCCAGAGAGACGAGGAACAUUCAAAUAAAACUCGCAGGACGCUUACAUCUAAGGAACGGAGGCGAGCAGCACGGAAGCAACAGUCCAAAAAAGUUGGUGUACGCUACUAUGAAACCCACAAUGUGAAGAAUAGGAACAGGAACAAGAAGAAGACCAGCGACUCAGAGGGACAGAAACACAAACACAAAAAAUUCAAGCAUAAGCAGUAACAUUUAACAAGGUGUUUAUUAAAUUAAUAUAAAAAUGUGCUAAUAAAAUUUGUGUUCCUCUUGCUUAA